AUGGAGGAAGACUCUGACCGUGUGACAAUGCACGUGCAGAGUCUUGGAUGUCAUGACUCUAACAAUAUGACAGAGGGUAUUUUUCUAUAUGACAAUGGUAUUGACCCUUACUCAGGGGAUGCAUUCCAUGAGCAACCGUUGUUCCUGGUGGGUUUUCACUUUCUUCACAAAAACUUCAGAGAAUGGAUUCCAAUCAUAUUCAUGAUAGUAGACGUGCUCACUGCAGUUGCACUCUCAUCUGCUGCUGUGCACUUUGGGAGAUAUCUGUUGCAACGACAGAAGUUAGAGGAGCACACGUAUGCGGCUGGCACGGAGACGCUCUUACUGAACGAGAGACAGCUACGCAGAGCUGUCGUCUGUACCCUAGUUAUAUACCUGUUCAACCCAUACACCGUCGCUUCAUGUGCUGGGCUCACGACGACGGUCUUCAGCAAUUUCUUUCUCGCGAUGGCAUUCCUGUGGACAUGCAAAGGAAGAAGAGUUGGUGCAUGCUUGUUUUUGAGUUUGGCUGACUACCAACUUUUCUACGCCAAGAUGCUGAUUGUUCCGUGUGCAAUGAUGAUAACACAGGUGAGGGAUUCAUGGUAUCACAACUAA